AUGAUUCAGUUGAGAUACAGGAUUUGUAAUCCAGCAGAUUCUGCUGUGGGUCAUAUUGUUAAUCCUCGUCAUUGGCUAUUCCUUCUGAUGUCACUUGUGUUCUACUUGGGCCAGCUGUUCAUCUCGAAAAUCGUCUUCCUCCAGAAGGCACCGGAGCAAGAGGGACAAUCGAGAUUUAUCUGCUUCCGAGAGACUGUCUUUGGUCUUGACAACAGACGCGUCUUUCACGUGACCCUGUACUUCUUGCUGUUCCUCAACUUCCUUCUUGGACUCUUGAGUUGCUUCUUGCGCAUCGGCAAAGCUCUGGUGAUUGGAGCCAUUUACAUUGGACGUAUUGACCGAUGCGUCAUGAUGAGAGGUUGGGAACUGUGGGACCGAGGUUAUGGAGCUUACAUGGGCUUCCUUCAGCUGGAGGUUGCCCACACACACCCUGUCCUCAUCACCUUCUGUCACUUCCUUCAGCAGAAGAGUCUUGAGUCGGAUCCAAGCUCAAGGAUCUCCACAACCAACGAGUUUAUAUCUAACGUCAAUGCACAGGUGGAGAGCGGUAGUUUUCUGCAGUCCAGCAAGGUCAGAGGUCACUACCCAGGAGCAAGAACCUACCGUCAGUUAUCACGGCGCAUGCGCAACAAGUGGCUGGUGGCGUUGACUCUGACGCGCAACCCCACUCUGGUGGCUGAACGCAAGGGGGCGCUCAAUCGGACAAGAACUGUGUCCUCUAUCAGUGAUAAUGCUAUUUAG